CUAAACCCAUAACAGUAAAAUCAGCCUGUAUAUGCAGUAAAGCAUGCUUGUUAUACUCACUGUGGAACCUAAGGGGUUAAUCCUCUGCCUUGUGUAAAAACAUGGUUUGAUCCUGUCUUCUCUGAUCCUCCCCUUCUUACAGUGUCCCCCACUUAUAUUCUGAUGAGACCUAUCCUGUGGAGUCACUCUACACAUGCUCAGUUUGGUGUAUAUUGUUUUUUGUUUUUUUAUCUUUUCUUGGGAGAGUGUAUGUGAUCAGCACAGGGCCAAUCAGCAUUAUCUAGAGAGAGGUCAGGGGUUCUGCAUCCUCCUAGACCAGCCAUCACUAAAUAUCAGACCGUGGUCCUCAAACGGACCGAAUUACAAAAAGGUAUUUAGCAGUUUAUACAGUAUUGGCUAAAAUAAUUGCAUUUUAAUG